AUGGCUACUCUCACCCCCACUCUUCCCUCACCCCACCCAUCGACCUGCCCUCCUGAUCAUCUCAACACCCGCAUCAAGGUGGCUGGUGUGCGGGUGUUCCACCAGGGCAACGACCUGGUUGAUGCGAAGAUCAUCCUGGCAAACGGCUCCAGCGCCGACAUCGACCCCAAGGCCAAGUACAACGUGGCAACCCUGGACUACAUCUCAAACGGCGGCGACGGGUUCUUCGAUUUCAAGGAGGCGCCCUCCCUCCUGCUGAACGGCAACGAAGUUGGGGACAUCAUGAUGCACGACCUGGAGAAGGCCAUGCCCAACCCGAUCAAGGUUCCUGAUGUUACUAAGACGCGCCGCAUCAUCAACUGCGCCGCGGAUUACGUCAGCUGCGCCAACCCUUUGUACGCCCCCUGCUGCAAAUCGAAGCAGGGUGCCAGCAAGGCGGCCCCAUCUCCAUCCCCCAAGCCGAGCGCGCGCCGCUGA